UGUGGGUGGAUAAGAAGUAGUGUAAGAAAGGUCUCUCUCUCUCUCUCUCUCUCUCUCUCUCUCUCGUCACUUCUCUCGCCGAUACUCGCCGAUACUCGCCGGCCCCUCCGGUCGUUAGAAAUGGCCAUCUCCUUAGCAAGCUGCUGCUUCUCCCUCCUUAACCCAUCCGUUAGACUUCAAUCUUCCGUGUCUCCACCUCCGUGUUUCGUAGCCGCAUCGCCCAAGCCGCUCACUCCCCGAGCUUCGAAUCAGAAGAGGAAAGCUUCGAGGUCUGAUUCAUCUCCCAAAUUGAACCCAGAGGUACACUUAAAUUCAAUUUUCCGUUUGAAUUCCUGUUGUCCGAAAUCCGUAUCAAUGUAUCUUUCCUCCCUACAGAAAUACCCAGUCAGGUCGAUAGAUGAAAGUUGUAAUUCACACGGCAAAGGGGACGGUGCUGGUCCUCAAACAAUGGCCUUCAAGGCGUUUGGGUCUCCCAAAAAAGAUAAAAAAGAGGCUCAAUCUGAUUUUAGAGACCAGCAGACUGAUCCUGGCAAGAUUCACGAUGCAUCCUUUCUCAACGCCGUCGUAAAGGUUUACUGCACUCAUACAGCGCCUGAUUACUCCCUCCCAUGGCAGAAGCAAAGACAAUUCACCAGCACUGGAAGUGCUUUUAUGAUAGGAGAUGGCAAGCUCUUGACAAAUGCCCAUUGUGUGGAGCAUGAUACACAGGUUAAAGUUAAGAGAAGAGGAGAUGAUAGAAAGUAUGUCGCUAAGGUUUUAGUAAGAGGUGUGGACUGUGACAUAGCUUUGCUUUCAGUAGAAAGCGAGGAUUUCUGGAAAGGAGCUGAACCACUGCGGCUUGGACAUUUACCCCGCCUUCAGGAUUCAGUAACUGUCGUGGGAUAUCCUCUUGGAGGAGAUACUAUCUCUGUGACAAAAGGGGUCGUAUCACGAAUAGAGGUAACAUCAUAUGCUCAUGGAUCAUCUGACUUGCUUGGAAUUCAGAUCGAUGCUGCAAUAAAUCCAGGGAAUAGUGGUGGCCCUGCAUUCAACGACCAGGGGGAAUGCAUCGGAGUAGCAUUUCAGGUUUACAGAUCCGAAGAGACUGAAAAUAUUGGAUACGUGAUUCCGACAACGGUUGUUUCUCACUUUUUGACUGAUUAUGAGAGGAACGGAAAGUACACUGGUUACCCUUGCCUUGGAGUAUUGCUGCAGAAAUUGGAAAAUCCAGCUUUGCGGGAAUGCCUAAAAGUACCUACAAAUGAGGGUGUGCUGGUGCGAAGAGUCGAACCUACAUCUGAUGCAAGUAAAGUCCUGAAGGAGGGAGAUGUGAUUGUAAGUUUUGAUGAUCUACACGUGGGAUGUGAAGGAACUGUACCCUUUCGAUCGAGUGAACGCAUUGCAUUCCGUUAUCUCAUCAGUCAAAAAUUUUCAGGUGAUAUUGCAGAGCUUGGUAUCAUUAGAGCAGGUGAACAUAAGAAAGUUCAAGUAGUUCUACGGCCUAGAGUGCACCUGGUCCCGUUCCAUAUUGAUGGAGGUCAGCCAUCAUACAUUAUAAUCGCUGGUUUGGUGUUUACGCCGCUCUCAGAACCCUUGAUAGAAGAGGAAUGCGAGGACACCAUAGGCUUGAAAUUGUUAACAAAGGCACGCUACUCCGUGGCAAGGUUCAGAGGAGAACAAAUCGUCAUCCUAUCACAGGUCUUAGCAAAUGAAGUAAACAUCGGCUACGAAGACAUGAACAACCAGCAGGUCCUGAAGUUCAAUGGAACUCCUAUAAGAAACAUCCAUCACUUGGCACACCUCAUUGACAUGUGCAAAGAUAAGUAUCUAGUUUUUGAGUUUGAAGACAACUAUGUCGCCGUGUUGGAGAGAGAAGCUUCGGAUUCGGCAUCCUUGUGCAUCCUCAAAGAUUAUGGAAUUCCCUCAGAAAGAUCCGCUGAUCUGCGUGAGCCAUAUAUAGAUCCAAUAGAUGACACCCGAGCACUUGACCAAGGUUUUGGAGACAGCCCUGUGUCAAAUCUAGAAAUCGGCUUCGAUGGACUGGUCUGGGCAUGAGGGUUCAGCAAAAACAGACGUAUUGAAUUCGCAGAUAAAAGCUUCCCAGAACAUCAUGUGGGGAAACUUUCAGCUUCAUACUCAUUCAUAAGGCCUUGUGGCCUGUUCCAAGUUCAGUUCAUUCUUUCUUCUUUCGUCAGAUCUCUCUAGGGAUAGAUAAUUUGCCAUAAUAAUGCUGUACCCUGUGUUCAGAUGAGUGAGUGUAGUGCGGAAAAGCAUACCAAGAAUCUUGAGCAAA